ACAAGCGAGUGAUCAGUCGAGAAGCAACACGGCGAAGGAGGGCGCGAGUUUUCGAAAUCUAGGGUUUCCAUUUCUCUCCAAAUCUAGGGUUUUCAUUUAGAUCGAGAUGGGUUUUCAGAUGCAGCCCUAUGGGAUCCAAUCCAUGCUCAAGGAAGGGCACAAGCAUCUCUCCGGCCUCGAUGAGGCCGUCCUCAAGAACAUCGAUGCUUGCAAGCAGCUCUCUCAGAUCACCCGCACUUCCCUCGGCCCCAAUGGUAUGAAUAAAAUGGUGAUCAAUCAUUUGGACAAGCUUUUUGUUACGAAUGAUGCUGCAACUAUUGUGAAUGAGCUUGAGGUGCAACAUCCCGCUGCUAAGAUUUGUGUCCUAGCUGGCAAGGCUCAGCAGGAGGAAAUUGGAGAUGGAGCUAAUCUUACAAUAUCCUUUGCUGGGGAACUCCUCCAGAAUGCAGAGGAGCUUAUAAGAAUGGGCUUACAUCCAAGUGAAAUCAUCAGGGGUUAUUCAAAGGGCAUAACCAAGACGAUUGAGAUAUUGGAUGAGUUGGUAGAGCAAGGAUCAGAUACUAUGGAUGUUCGCAAUAAAAAUGAAGUUGUCUCCAGAAUGAAAUCGGCUGUUGCUAGCAAGCAGUUUGGGCAGGAGGAUAUCCUGUGCCCUCUUAUUGCUGAUGCAUGCAUUCAAGUCUGCCCAAAGAAUCCUACAAACUUUAAUGUGGAUAAUGUUCGUGUAGCAAAGCUCCUUGGAGGAGGUUUGCACAAUUGUUCUAUAAUUCGUGGUAUGGUCUUGAAAAAUGAUGCUGUCGGGAGUAUCAAAAAGAUGGAGAAGGCAAAGAUUGCUGUCUUUGCUGGGGGUGUUGAUACAUCUGCAACUGAAACAAAAGGAACUGUUCUAAUACAUAAUGCUGAACAGCUAGAGAAUUACGCGAAGACAGAGGAAGCUAAAGUGGAGGAGCUCAUUAAAGCUGUUGCAGACUCAGGAGCCAAAGUUAUUGUCAGUGGAGGAGCAGUUGGAGAGAUGGCUUUGCAUUUUUGUGAACGCUACAAGCUCAUGGUUCUAAAGAUAAGUUCUAAAUUUGAAUUGCGAAGGUUCUGCCGUACAACGGGUGCUGUAGCUCUUCUGAAACUAAGCCAACCAAAUCCAGAUGAACUUGGCUAUGCUGAUUCUGUUUCAGUACAGGAAGUUGGUGGUGUCAGGGUAACUAUAGUUAAAAAUGAAGAAGGUGGGAACUCAGUUUCUACAGUGGUUUUACGUGGAAGUACUGACAGUAUACUGGAUGACCUUGAAAGGGCUGUUGAUGAUGGUGUCAAUACAUACAAGGCAAUGUGCAGGGAUAGUCGCAUAGUUCCUGGUGCUGCUGCCACCGAGAUUGAAUUAGCGAGAAGAUUGAAGGAGUUCUCCUUCAAAGAAACCGGUUUGGAUCAGUACGCCAUUGCAAAAUUUGCUGAAAGUUUUGAGAUGGUUCCUAAAACCUUGGCUGAAAAUGCUGGGCUUAAUGCUAUUGAGAUUAUUUCUUCAUUGUAUGCUGAGCAUGCUGCUGGAAACACUAAAGUGGGCAUUGACUUGGAGGAAGGAAUCUGCAAAGAUAUGUCAACUAUGAACAUCUGGGACCUCUAUGUUACAAAGUACUUCGCUCUUAAAUACGCUGCUGAUGCUGCAUGUACUGUUCUUCGGGUCGACCAGAUUAUAAUGGCGAAACCUGCCGGCGGGCCCAAGAGAGAUCAACCGGCCGGCAUGGAUGAAGACUAGAUUUAUGCGUAUUUGCACCAGCGCCGAUUACCAACAUUACCAUGAGCAGCCACAGAGUGAAGAAACCGGUUCUCCUCGGUUUUCCAUAACUGCUUUUGUUUUGUUUACACACCAGCAUGCCUUUGAAGUUUAGGAGUGAUUCGAGCAAUUAGAUGUUUAAGCAGAUGAUGAUAUGAUGAUGUGAGCUUGUGUUAUUAUUCAGAAUGUUUUGCAAGUCAGCCUUGAAUUUUGGUGCUUUUGUUUUUCUUUUCCAUGACUUAAUUUGGUGUUUUAUUUUAGGCUAUUUAUUUGGUUUUC